CUUUUCACAUCCAUCCCCCGCACCCUCAUCACCAUUCUCUCUCUCUUAUAUAUCCUCUCCCUUUUCUCUCUUCAGAUCAUUCCAUAGGGUUAAUUAAUUUCCCUCUCUUUUAUUUAUUUUUUUGUUAAAGUCGAUAUUUUGUUCGUUGGGUUAACUCCGCGUGUAAUCGAUCGAUGAAGUUCGGGAAGAGGAUCAAGGAACAGGUCCAAGAAACGUUGCCGGAGUGGAGGGACAAGUUCUUGAGGUACAAAGAGCUGAAGAAUAUGGUCCGUCAGAUCUCGUCGUCCGCCGCCGACAAGGCCGGCGAGGUCUCCUUCGUCCACUCCCUGAACUCCGAGAUCGACAAGUUCAAUGCCUUCUUCGUCGAACAAGAAGAGGAUUUCAUCAUCCGCCACAAGGAGUUGCAACAUGGGAUUCAGCGGGUGAUGGAGACGUGGGGCCCAAACGGAACCCACUCUUCGGAAGAGAGGUUUAGGGAAGUCAUGGGAGAAAUCAGAAAGGACAUCGUCAACUUCCAUGGCGAGAUGGUCCUUCUCGUCAACUACAGCAACAUCAAUUACACAGGAUUGGCGAAGAUACUGAAGAAGUACGACAAGCGAACGGGAGGAGUGCUUCGAUCGCCGUUCAUACAGAAGGUUAUCCGGCAACCGUUCUUCAAGACGGAUCUUGUCUCGAAGCUAGUGAGAGAGUGGGAAACCACCAUGGACGCCGUGUUUCCGGCGGAGGAGAGAGAAGGGAGCUCGAUUGCGGCGGUGACGGUGGCCGGAGAAGGAAUAUUCCGGAACACGGUGGCGGCGCUGAUGACGAUGAGGGAGAUGAGGAGAGGGAGCUCCACUUACAGCCAUUUCUCUCUCCCGCCGCUAAAUCUCCCCGACGCCGAUCUCGUCCGAUCCGUUCAUCUCUCUUCCCCCAUUCCCAUUCCUUGAUGAAACCGCCGUCAAUGGCAUUAUCGUUAUUAUUAGGAUAUUUUCACCUACCACCACUCGUCUUAGUUAAAGUUAACGCUCUAGAUGUUAUAUAAUCACAUAUUCAAUUCACAACAUGGAAUUGUUUGAUGUCGUCUGCUUAUCCAAUACGGAAUCAUCGUCUGCAACAGCUCGAGUUCAUGUGGACCGACUCUUUAAAUAUGACCAAAAAACCUCAAAUGUUCCAAAGAAAAUCUACACAUCUCAAAGGGUAAUCUCGUAAAUUAUGGAUUCAAAAGUGCAAGUGACGUUGCAACAGUUUUUCGCUGGUCAAAUCUAUGUAAGCAUUAAGACGAAAAGACGACAAUACCCCUGACUUGAGGCUAAGAUCUAAAGGGAAUGAAACAAGACAAACAUCACUGUCCCACGCUUACGUACUCUCUCUCCGCCGGGAAAUCGUCUUUGGUUUUGAUCGUUUAAGUCUCCGGCGAUUUUAACGGAAUGGGUAA